AUGUCCCUGUGGAGCUUCCCACAGCUUUCCAAAGCCUCUCCAAAACCUUCCCAGAACUCCUCCAGACCCUCCCCAGAACCUCCCAAAACCUCUCCAGAGCUUCUCAAAACCUCCCCAGAACCUCCCAAAACCUCUUCAAAGUUUCCCAAAAUCUCCUUAGAAACCUCCUCAGACCCUCUCCAGAGCUCCCCAGAACCUCGCAGAACCCCUCCAGAGGUCCCCAAAACCUCUCCAGAACGUCUCCAG